CGGGGCGGGCGCUCAGCCGGGUCCCCGCGGCCCAGGCGCGGGCGGCGCUCUGGCCGGGAGCGAGGUGGCUCCGGCGGCCGCACCAUGGAGUCGGGCCCCGAGGAGUACGAACUUAACGGCGACCUGCGCCCCGGCUCACCUGGCUCCCCGGACGCCUCGCCAUCCCGCUGGGGCCGGAACCGGCCCAUCAACGUGAACCAUUACGCCAACAAGAAGAGCGCCGCGGAGAGCAUGCUGGACAUCGCGCUGCUGAUGGCCAACGCUUCCCAGCUGAAGGCCGUCAUCGAGCAGGGCCCCAGCUUCGCCUUCUUCGUCCCCCUGGUGGUCCUCAUCUCCAUCUCCCUCGUGCUGCAGAUUGGCGUGGGCGUGCUGCUCAUCUUCCUUGUCAGGUACGACCUCAACAAUCCGGCCAAGCACGCCAAGCUGGACUUCCUCAACAACCUGGCCACCGGCCUGGUUUUCAUCAUUGUCGUGGUCAAUAUCUUCAUCACGGCCUUUGGUGUCCAGAAGCCCGUGAUGGAUGUGGCUCCCCGGCAGUAGGGUUCAGAUGCCCCCGGAUUGCACCCGGCCACAGCUACCCAGAUCCUGGAGCCGCCUCUCCCUUGAGGCCCACCUC